UCUGCACUCACCGUGGCUAAGGUACGAGAAGGCGGGGUUGACAGGGAAAGGGAUUCACAGGGCAGAGAGAGAAGUGCAUCCCGCUGCUGAGUUCCUUCCUCCGUGCGUCCAUCCUCAAGCUCUCUCUCCUGUACCCUCACUUGCUCUCUUCUACCUGCGCCCUGCCUACCCUCACCCUCUCCUCCCUGUGCUCUGCCCACCCUCACCCUCUUCCGCACUCCCCCUGGGGCCGUUGUACACAGCCCUGGUGGAGGCCAUUCGCCCGCACCCGCCGUCCCUCAUCCGCCCACUCAACCCGUCCUCCUUUCUCUCCCUCUUACCCGUCCCACCCUCAAACCCUCCCUCACACCCUCAGGGACCGCUGUACACUGCACUGGUGGAGGCCAUUCGCCCGCACCUGCCGUCCCUGCGCAGCAGCCCCUACGGCAAGCGCAUCCUCGCCCGCACCAACCUCCGCCCCAAGUAG